AUGGAAUCAUCGGAUUUUGACAUUGGAUAUGAAUCGGCUUGGAUUGGCACGUUUUCGGCUAGUCUUCGAUCUGUCGGCACUGCCUGUACAUUGGCGACUGUUGGAAUCUAUUUGCAUCGAAGAGGUUUCUUGAAACCGGAAGGAAAACGAACGUUAGCGCUCAUUAGUCAACAAGUGACGAUACCGCUUCUUUUCUUUACAAAGAUCAUAUACUGCAAUCAAGAUUGGAGCACUGAACCAUGCCCUGAUGUCAUACGAUCACUGAGGGAUGUUUGGAUGCUUCUCUGGUGGCCACUCUAUGUUGUCGGAUCGGGAUUGAUUAUUGGGUACUUUGCUGCCAAAGUUUCCAAGACUCCACCAACUCAAGUGCGAGGAGUAAUGGCCGCUUGUGGGUUUGGAAACUCGACUGGUCUACCCAUCACAUUGCUGACUGUCGUGCAUGCCAACUUUCCUGAUUCAAGUGACUUAGGAAAAAUCGAUCCCUGCCUAUUCCUAACGGUAUAUUUACUGUUAUACCCAGUGCUUCAGUGGGGAAUUGGUGGAUGGCUCUUGUCACCCGAAACUUCUGAAGAUACAAACAAUGACAAUGACAAGCGAAAUGAUUUCGAGUGGCAGCAAAAUGUUUUGAAUCAGCGUGAAUCCAGCUCUUACACUUUACAACGUCGAGGAAUGAACGAAGUGGACGCUUCCAUGUACAUCAGUGUUCAAGAAUCCUUGGACAAGUGGGGCAGGUCGACGGCUUUAUCAGGCUCUUCCAGCGAGGAGGAGGCGAAUAAUGAUCCCGAAAUGUUGUUGCCCAUGAACAAACACGAAUCCUUUGGAUCUAUUGGCAUGGAUUUGAGCAAACACGGUAGCUCUUGUAACCUGCAAACGGCCGAUGGUACGGUUAUUGGCAAACAUUGUAACUCUCACAAUCUGCAAACAAUCGAUUCAAAACAGCUCGCCAACCAAACUGAAAAGUUCGUUCCGCCGAUGUCGUCCAGCACUGACGAAACGUCACCAUUAGUUCCAGCAGAAAGUCAUGUUCCAGUGAUAGCGACCGGAGAAUCAAACGAAAGAAAAGAUCCAGUUGAUUUUUGUGGAACCUUGUCCAAGAUUGCCAAGCGGUGUAUGCAACCUCCUGUGAUUGGAGCAUUGCUCGGUAUUUUGGUCGCUUCGUUUCCUGCCCUCAGAGGCAUCUUGGUCGACCUGGAAGAUCGCACCGGUGAUGCUCCAAUGGAAUGGUUUUUUGAUGGAUUGUACGAAGUUGGUCAAGCAGCUGUUCCCCUCAACAUGAUGAUUUUGGGCUCUAAUCUCAGUGGAUCAUCCAGUGCUACCGUCAACAAGACUGAGCUCUUUUCCGGGACCACUACAGUGGCCAUUGUGAUUGCCAAGAUGAUUGUCAUGCCUAUUUUUGGCAUCUUAUCAGUCAUGUUCUUCCGCGAAUACUAUUGGACAUUGCCGGAUGACAUCGCUGGGAGCUUUUACUUGGUGGCGAUGAUCGUCUUUCUGACCCCGACUGCAAAUAAUGUCAUGGUGAUGGUAGAACUGAGUGGGAGCGGGAGCAAACAAGGACUGGCUCGGGUCAUCGCUUGGCAAUAUGCGGUAUCACCUAUUUUGCUGAGUCUGACCAUGACAGUUGCAGUGGGAUUGGCUGAUAAGUGGUGA